CUUAUUAUCAAUUGUAGGCUCCUUUCUUAGAUCAUCACCGUAUAGUACUAUGGAAAAGCCUCAAGCUCCUCUUGUUAACCACCAACGUCGUAACGAGACGGAAAUCUCGAAAUGUCUUUUUUCGGGUUUGAUACAAACCUUCCAAAGGAGUCGAUGAUUCCUAAAAAUGGAGAAUAUGAUGAAGAUGGAAUUGAUUUCGAAGAAACAUACGACGAUUUAGCGGACAGACUAGAAGAGGAGGGAGAUGAUUUGAACGAUGAAACCUUUGGUAUUAGCGCCGGAAAUAUUGGCCGUGAUUUUGAUUUUUUUCAUCAAACUGCACAGGUUUCCACUAAAUUGGAGAAUGAGCAGGAUGAUACCAGACACCCCAUGGGCAAGGUAUAUGAUGCAAGCACGCAGGCUGCUUCACUUCCUCAGGUAAACCCAACUGCUGCUUCUUCAGCACGUAAUCCUGAAGCAAAUCUCGAUGUUUCAGCCAACACUAAUAUGCUUUCGGAUUUGAGACCCAUGGCCUCUAUCUGGGAAACUAUUGUACCCGAGAAACCCUCUGUUCAAGCGGCCCCUCCUGAAGUGUCUAGCUUUCAGAAUCGUUUGGGUGCGCAAAACAGUGAAAAGGUUUUUAGCUUGCAAGAGCUUGAGGAACAAUUAUUCAAUUCCCUUAACGCCCCUGGCUCAGGUCCUAAACCUCAACAGCCUGUUGCUUCUGCAAUGCCCCCAGUUAAUCCUGUGGUUUCACCAGCAGUUCAGGUUCCUCCUCCUACAAGUUUGGCUCAUGAUACUUUUGCAGCCUUGGAUCCUGCCGUCGCCAGCAUUGGAAACGUCUCAUUCCCUACUCAACAAUCGAAUGUCGCCAAUCCUGGCUUACCUCUUCCACCUAUGAUGCAACCUUCGCAGCUGUUUGCAAAUUCCAAUCUUCCUCCACCUCAAAUACCUCCUGUUGUAUAUCCUAGUAAUAUGGUGUACGGUGCCGAACCAGUUCCUCCCGUUCCAUUAUUGAAUCUUUUUCAACAAGAAAAAUUUGAACAAGCUAGGACCCUUGAUGAAAAGCGCCAAAAACUGGAAAGAGAUCAUAUGCUUAUGGCACAAUGUGCAGGUUUGAUGACUCGUAGUGAUAAAUCUUUCAUUGCUCGUAUCCAAAUAUCUCAACUUAUGUCUGAAGAUCCUGAGUCUGAAGAUUUUUACUACCGUGUUUAUUCAAUAAUUCGUGGCCGUAAUCCUUCAGAAGAGGAUUCUAGUCACUUUAUUCGAACCUAUUUAGGUCCCAGUAGCAAUCGCCGACGUGGAAGACGUUCGGAAAAUCCAAUGCAAAGAUUGCAACAACAGUUACAAAAAUUGGUUUCUUCUACCAAGGAACGACCGAAAACUACUCAGCUGUCCCUUGAAGGCGCGUUAGGUAAGAUUGCCAUAAACACUGUCCGUACUCCUCGACAACUUCUUAACGUUAAGCGUCCUUCCGAACAUACGAUUAAUGCUAAAGAAACUACCUUUAAAGGUUUUGCUACUAAAAAAGAUGUUUUGCAAGCAAUUGAGAAAAUAUAUGAUUGGUUACUUGACUUUGAACAUUCUCUUCGUAAAUUAUCUGUUUCUAAUGUUGAGGAUGACGAAACUUUUAAUCAAUGGAAAAAUGACCUUAACCAUAAAUUAGAAAGCAUUUGGAAUGUUCUUCAUAUCAAUGAGUCUUUAGACAGUUCUUCAAAGGCUCGUCCACCAUUUUUAUCAGUCAUUUCUCAUCCUAAAGGAAUGCGCCUUCUUCCAAGAUUGUUACCUCAUCUUUCUAAAGAACAGCAGUUUGCUAUCCUCAGUGUCAUAGUUGGUAACGUCGAUUCUUUAAAUAUUGUCCUGAAGGGAACUUUUGAUGCGAAUGGCGAGUUGCCUGCUGGCAUUGCAGCCGAGAUGAUGGCAUUUACUCAGUUUGUCAUCCCUUCCUUACUUACUAUUGUGAAUGAGUUGGGCAUGGCGAAUGUUAAUAUCUUAUUUUCUCAGCUUCUUGGAAGAUCCAAUCCAUUAUACCUUAUACAAACUAAAAUUGGACUUUCCUUCCUAACUAUGCUAAUCAGCCGAGCCGAGAUUCUUAAGCAAACUGGGUCUUGUACUGAAGAAGACAAAGAAAAUUGGGCGAGAAUAUUUAAUGGAUUAUUUGACUGCCUUAAAGACCACUUUGCAACAGUUUUUCCUCCCCCAAAUGCACGCGCUUACGCCGAUGAAUCAUAUCCCUGGGAGUUUUUGGCAGCCUGUGCCACUGCUGCUUCCUCCGACCAGCACUUCGUUUUGGUGUCUGAAACGAGAGAUAGAGUACUCGAUAAUAUAAUUACAAGUAAGAGAUCUCCCGAGGAAAUUGCCGUUGUACGUAUUGCGAAUGUUAAUCUAUUCUUAAAUGCCAUGGGUCUUGAUGCUCGUCAGCUAAGUGCCUAAACAAAUAAUUUAUGAAUAUGAAUCGUUGUGAAUUAUGAAUCAAAGGUGUUUUAUCAUUAUGCUACGUGUUAUCACCGUUUCCUUGUGAACAAACUUAUGCAACCAAGACUAAAUGGAUAUUGGUUCAAGUUGUUUUUUGGUAAAGCCUCUAAAAAUAACAUAGAUGGAUGUAAAUAAUAGUGAAAAUUGUAUCAAACAAUGAAGGAAAAGAAUAGAAAUUCACUCAAUAAGAAUUAGU